GACAAGAUGCGCCUUGGAUAGUUAUUAGUCCGUGGAAAAAUGAGCCAAGUGGUGAGGAAGUCCUCACCGGUGGUGGUUCGGCCAUCGCCGGAGCCGGGGACGACGAGGGACACCAUAAAACUCUCGUGUUUCGACAAGGGUCUGUACAACAUGCCAGCCACAACGUUGCUCGUGUUCGAGCAUCCCCUCCACAACGCUGCCGAGACCAUAAGGGGUGCACUGUCCCGAGCACUGGCCCACUACUACCCUAUUGCCGGUCGCAUCGUUGUUGUCGGAGGAGGCGGCGGCGACGGCGACGAUGUCUACAUCGAGUGCAACGACGAGGGCUUGGCAUUCAUAGCUGCGCACACUGAUCACGCCCUGAAGGAACUCAUGUGCUUCGACCGGUCGCCGGGCGCAAGGAAGCUGCUCGACGAGCUCGCCGUCUACUACCCAGGCAUGUCCUGUGGCCCCGGUGACCCUCUGCUGCUGAUGCAGGUGACCGAGUUCUCGUGCGGCGGCUUCGUACUCGGCGUGACCUGGAACCACGGGGUCGCCGACGGCGCCGGGAUGGGCCAGCUCUUGCAGGCCGUCGCCGAGCUCGCCGGUGGGUUGCCGUCGCCGUCCGUCGCUCCGGUGAGGUGCGACGGUUCGCUCCCUAGGCUUCCUCCUUCCGCCCUCGAAGCGCAGCAGCACCUGCUGAGCCUCGAUCCGCUGGGCGACGACCUCGCCAUUCUGGACAUCACGAUCCCCAAGGAAUCAAUCGACCGUGUCAGAGCUGACUUCAGCAGCAGUUUCCAUGGCCAGCCGUGCACCACGUUCGAGGCGGCCCUCGCCGUCCUGUGGCGGUGCCGGACGCGCGCGAUCAGGCCGGAGCCAGAGACACCGACCCUGCUCGUGUUCCUCGCCGACAUGCGCAAGCACGCCUGCGCGAAGGAAGGAUAUUACGGCAACUGCAUCGUCGAGCAGCUGGUCAUGGCGAAGAGCAGCGCGGUGGCGGAGGGAGACGUCAAGGACGUAGUCAUGGCGAUCAGGCGCGCUAAGGAUCAAUUGCCUGACCGGCUGAAGAAGGACGAAGGCGUGGUGGGCCAGCAGGAGCUGCGCGAGCUGCGCGCGUACGAUACCUUGACCGUGACGUCGUGGCGGAACCUUGGCUUCGACCGGGUGGAUUUCGGGAGCGGGAGGCCGGCGAGGGUGACAGCCUCCGGGAAGGAUCUGCCGCCGUCGCCAGGCGCGGUGGGAUUCCUGUGCGAUGGGAGGGGUGGGGUCAGUGUGCUGUCUGAUUUGGUGAGGCAGGAGCACGCUGACGCUUUCCUGGCAGAAUUAGCCAAGUUUAUGUGAGAUAUACUUUCUGUAUUGUUUUUUAAGCUACAAAUUGGAAGCAUAAAAUUCUUGUUAGGUGUUUUCCAUUUCUUUUAAUUUUUGUUUGUUGUAAUGCUAUGAAUCGUGUCGUGGUUUCGA